AUGGUCAUACGUAGGGAUAACCUGUGUGACGUUGACGUUGAACUUGUGCAUGGGUUUUACUUGAAUCUCCCGUUGCAAGCCGGCAUCGAAUUCCUUGCGAAAAGGCUUGAGAUAUACAAGGAGCGACAAAACGACUGCCUGGAACUGGUAGCCAAAGCUAAGACGGACAUUAAGUGUUUCUUGGAGGCUCUAGGAGCUUUGUCUGACCCGGCUGUGCAAGAAAUGAUUAGCGCCAAUGCCAUCUAG